AGGCUCUACUGAGAACUUUGGACUCAUGGGGUAGACAGAAUGGAGGGAGAGUGGGAGUGGACGGUGGGGCCCCGAGCCCUGACGUUCAUGAGCAGGGGCUGCCCAGGUGACCAGAAGUCAGCAGCUUCCCAGAAGCCCCGGAGUCGGGGCAUCUUCCACUCGCUCUUCUGCUGUGUCUGCCGAGAUGAUGGGGAGCCUCGGCCUGCCCACAGUGGGGCUCCCCUGCUGGUGGAGGAAAAUGGCGCCAUCCCUAAGCAAACCCCAGUCCAGUACCUGCUUCCUGAGGCCAAAGCCCAGGACUCGGACAAGAUCUGCGUGGUCAUCGACCUCGACGAGACCCUAGUGCACAGCUCUUUCAAGCCAGUGAGCAAUGCUGACUUCAUCAUCCCCGUGGAGAUUGAUGGGGUAGUUCACCAGGUCUACGUGCUGAAGCGGCCCCACGUGGAUGAGUUCCUCCAGCGAAUGGGCGAGCUCUUUGAGUGUGUACUAUUCACUGCCAGCCUUGCCAAGUACGCAGACCCUGUAGCUGACCUGCUGGACAAAUGGGGAGCCUUCCGUGCCCGGCUGUUUCGAGAGUCGUGCGUCUUCCAUCGGGGGAACUAUGUAAAGGACCUGAGCAGGCUGGGCCGCGACCUGCGGCGGGUGCUCAUCUUAGACAACUCCCCCGCUUCCUACGUCUUCCAUCCAGACAAUGCCGUCCCAGUCGCCUCCUGGUUUGACAACAUGAGCGACACUGAGCUACACGAUCUCUUACCCUUCUUCGAGCAACUCAGCCGUGUGGACGAUGUCUACUCAGUGCUCAGGCAGCCUAGGCCCGGGAGCUAGUGAGGUGUCUUGGGGCCAGGAUCUGCCCCUCACCGAGGCCCAAGCCUCUUCCCGUCAGACUGUGGGAGCCUGCCUGUGCUGUUAACGAAACCACAUGGGCUAUGCCAUAUCCAUGGCCCUGGGGAAGAGGGUGUCUCCCCUGCCAGGCUGCGUGGAGGACAGAGAGCCCUUGGCCCCCUGUAUCAGUGCCUUCAAACUUUUUCCCCUCUUUUCAGGGGACCUAGGGGGGGGCCCUGCCUGUUGCCCCCCCCCUUCUGUUGUCUCUUCCCCAUGCUGCCAUGUUUCUCUGCUGCCAAAUUGGGUGUCAUAGCCCCAGUUCUGCUUUGGGGGUAGGGGCAAGGUUUCUGCUGCCCCAUGCCUUGGAUUGCCCCCACCCCCAGUCUGGGAACUGGACACCAAGUGCCUUGCAUAGAACCCUCUUUGCUGGUCAGCUUUUCUCAGAUCUAGGCUGACCUGGGAGGAACCAGCCUCUCCCCUUCCCUCUUCCUCCCUGGGAUGAUGGUGCCCCAGCAGUUUCUGCAAGGGGAGGAGAGGGAGAAAGUCUAUUAUCAUUUGUAAAAGAGGGGACCUUCCUUAGGGAACACUCCCAGUUCAGCUUGUCCAAGGCUGAUGGCUGCACCCUGUAUCAUCUGAGCCCCCAAUAUCCCCAAAGCCUGGGGCUUGGCAGGCCUCCCCCGUGGUGCCAUAUAAAUGUGUAUAUGUGUAUAUAGAUUCUUAAGGGAAGGGGCGAGGAGAGGGUGGGAAUAGACACUCCUCCCUCACCCCUUCCCUGGGCCCAGAAAUUGGGGGAGGGAGGGCAAGGAUUUGUACAUUUUUAAAACUACUGUUUUCUAAAUGGAACAAGCUGGGCCGUGAAGGGUCACAGGCCCGGUCUUCUGGCUGUCGCAGCCCUUUUAUUCUGUUCAUCCAAAAAACAUGUAUUGAGUACCUCCUGUGCCCAGCAGUGAGCUAGUCCGGCCAGCUGAGUGGGAGGGGGUCUGCUUCAUCCGUGUCUCACCCCAAAACCUCAGAGUUUACUGGUGCCUUCAGAGUAUCUGCGGGAAGUGGAACCUUCUGGUGGGCUUCGGGAAGUCUCCAAGAAAACUUACUAAGCUGUCCCCACACGUCCAGUGCCAACUCAUCCCCCACCUCACUCCCCGCAGCCUCCCCCCCAUGGCCCCCUGCUGGCUGGGGGCAGCUCCCAGGUCACUCUGCCAACUGACUUAUAUUUCUACAGCCCCGCCCCACCCCUGCUGAGUCUAGAGUUCAAGUCUCUCUCUCCCCAGAGUAUGAGGGUUAAGGGGAUCCACACACAAGUGCCAAGGGAGUUAGUGAAGGGCGAGAGGGUGUGGUUGGCCUGAAUCGGAUGACUUCUUCCCAAUUAAGUGCCUUCUCUCUGACCAGCACCUCAGUGUGAUAACUAAAGAGAAAGCUAGACCCCUUC